AGUGGGAAAUAAUUCGGGCGUCGCGACGACCGUGGGAGUCGCGCGGCUACUUCCGAGGAAACAGCAUCCUGGGGGGAUAACGUCACGUAACAAACGUUUUUAGAUAACAGGGAGAGGCAACAACCCCGAGUCCCGAGAUGUCGAGGCCAAUCCUUAGCAGGCCGCGCACCUUCAUCUACGGCAGCAACUACGACAAGGGCGAGUCCUAUUACAAGCCCAUGGUCGACCACCUAGACCGGAAGUACAGCGGGCGGCCGUUGUUCCCGGAACCGAGAAACUCCCUAGCCGACGAGAUUGCGGCGCGCCGUAACGACUUCGGCACGCGUGAUCUUUCCGGUCCCCGCACUGGCUCCCUCGGCCGUGACCCUGACCUCGACCUCGACCCUCGUAUCCGCGCCUCCCAACCACCGCCCUUCACCGACCCCCUGCUAGCUUUCGACGAUGAGGACACCGUCUACGACAGCCGCGGGCAGCGCAUACCGGGGCGUCGCAAGCUGGGUGACGAGUUCGAGAACGAGAUGCUGGCGACGACACGUCGAUUUCGUGCCCGGGUGGCAGCGGUAGGCCUCGAGGACGAGCUCGAGGCCGCGAACGUCGUCCAGGGCCAGGCCAGAAGGAACGUCACCGAUCUCCUGGAGAGCACGAUGACCGCCAAGAGGAGCGGCAGAACAGCGAUCGAGGACGCCGACAGCAGCUUCAAGAGGCGCUCGAGGCUCUUCGACGAGGUCGAGCGCGAGGACGAGAGCAAGCCGGCGUUCACCAGAUGGUCCAAGAUGCUCGACGAGGCCGACGACUUAGCGCAGACCAGCGCGGCCGCCAGCCGGGCCAAGCAGACGAAGGCACGCCUCCAGGACAUCGAGUCGGAGAUGGAGGAACUUGCCGAGAGGCAAGCUAAGAGAGAACGUAGGGCGGCGGCCCUUAGGGCGCUCGUCAACGAGAACGCCGCCGCUGCCGUAGCGUCCGACGUCGACGUCGUGCAGCAGUCGGCCGUCAGCAAGAAGGUGCGCGUCGCCGAACGAGCGGAGAAGCACGUCAGCUUCUAGAGAAUCUCUCGCGGUCCGCCGUAAUCCUCACGACGGUGUUCUACAGUUGUUGAAUACCGAUACGCCGAAAACUAUGAGGAAGAUUUUUUUUUCGAAGAAGAUUUGAAGCAACCUCUAGUCAUUAAAUGCGUCGAUUUUAUCUUGAAAGAUAACGUUUAAAUAUUACUUUAAAUUCUUCUUCGAAAUAAUUAAGUCGAACGAAAUUCUUUUGGUUUUCUUAAAAUUAUUAAAAAUAUAUAUUUAGUCAUCGGCCAAACAAAUGAAUCUCGAUUACAGAGUAACAUAAUGAUUGUAAAUCGAUCCGCUGUAAGACAUUGUUGUAUUUGAACAUACGAGCAUAGAACAUUUUCCGUGUAUACGCCAUUUUGUGCGGCGAUCGUGCAACUAUAUUGAUAUUAUAUCGUCGCUGAUCUGUUUGCGAAAUAAACGCGUAUGACGAUUCCAUGGACUUUAAUACGACGAUGCUUUAUUGACGGUGAAUUGUCGAUAAAUUUUAUUGAUGACAAAUUGUUAAUAAAUUUUAUCAAUAAUACUUAAUAUCGACGCUUACGCUCACGAUUUCAUGCGAAUUACAUUUGUUAACGUAAUUCUAUAAUUAUAAAUGUAUUUAAUGUAUUAAUGCGAGACGUGUCACUCGAAAAUACGUUUAAUCCCUUAUUUUUAGUAUAAAAAUGAUAAUCACAGGUACAAUAAUAGUUUUCAAUAUGCAUUCAACCAAUUAUAUUAGGUUUUUAUUCUGUAUACAUUGUUUCUCCUCUUACAUAAAUGUUUUAUAUACAUAUUUAAAUUAUUUCUUGUACAUUAAAUGUCGCAAAAUUUGAUAAAAAUUUGAUUAACAUUAUAAAACGUGUCCUGCUCAAAAUUUAACGUAUUUUCGAACGAUGUUUUUCGCAUAAUUUUUCGCUUUUUUUGCUCCUUAAAUGCGAUCCAAAGGAGUUUAAAUGUUAAUUGUUCCUAACAAAUACUUGUUUUAAUAUGUAAAAUUAUUCUCGUACGAAACUAAUUGUUAUUAUCAGCGUAAUAUUAUAAAGAUACGUAAAACUGCAUUUUGUCAAAUCGUUUUUUCUGAAAAUUAUUUUUUGCUAUUCAGGGACAAACCUUCGGUUUUACUCCAGAAAUGUAUAUUUCUCUUUCUUAUUUAUGAAUAAAUCUCGUUUAAAAACUUUA